AUGGAUGAAGAAGCACAAGAGAUCGAGGGAACUAAGGGAUACAUCCUGAGCUUGUGUUCUGCUAUCGGUGGUCUGGAGGAAAUCAAGCAAGAUGAUGGAACAGUGGGCCAAAUCUACUGUGCUGGUGACGAAGCGCUAGCUUGUCUGAGAGAUCUCAAGAAGGCCAUUCGUAUUGAUAGCCAAAAUAACGAAAAGAUUGUGCUCAAUACCCUCAAGGAACACAAUGUUGUAAAGACGGAUAUUGUACCUCUACUGUUAUCAUACCGCAACCAACGUACAGAAGUAGCAGAUCGAUUCAUCCUUGCCUGUGUUGAACUGCUGGUGCCAAUGACAUGGCCAUUGGAAAAGAAGAGUCUCGACGAUGAAGACGAGGACGAUCAAGAGGAAAAUCCCAAUGUGAUGCAAUGCUACCGAAGAUACAAGUUGGAAUUACUGACGCCUGGUGUAUUCGAGACUAUCCUCACCAUGAUUAUUAAAGCACUUCGCAAACCACACAGAGAGAGAUCCACUGUCGAUCACACCAGUAUUCGACUUGUGCUCUAUCUUUUGCGUAAUUUAGCUGCGAUUCCUGACUUAAAUAUGCCCGAAUUUGGUACUGAAGAUCAAGUGAGAAUGUCGCAUAUGCAGGAAAUGCUGCUGGUUCGAUUUUACGAGUCGGAUAUCAUGGAGUUCUUGCUGACAAUUGCAUCCAACAGCGAGAGACAAGGCGGUACCUCAGAAUGGAAUGUGCUGGUGCUGGAGACCAUUUACAACUUGAUCAAAUACGUGGAUCCCAAAGAUGUGUUUUCAUACAAGCCCUCAGAAGAUACAAAACAAGGAGAGCUCCAGGAAAUAGCAGCUAAAUUAUCGACAUUACUAACAAACGAAAACUCCAACAAACGACGCAAAACUGGAUACACACCAUCAAGACACAAUCGAUUCGGUGGCACCUACGUGCUUGAUUGGGAUGGCAAAAAGCGAGUUUCGCACAAGCAAGUGGCUGGCUUCGCUGACUCUGCAUUUCUCGUGGAAGGAGACAAAAAGACAAAUAGACUAGGAAAAAGACGCAAACUGGAGGAUAUGCAUACAGCAAAGAAAGUAUACCAGAACAGGAAAUCGCUGAAAUAUCUCAAAACUGUCUCUCAGUCAUUCCUUACAUCGUGUUUCAAUGCAUUUUUCGAUUGCAUCCUCAAAGACAUGCAACGUGAAGAUGAUAGCAUUGUCGAAAAAGACUAUCCUCGCUACUUUUUCACCAUGAAGUGGUUCCUAGAAUUUCACAUCUACGAACACAAGGCAGCCCUUGAGCGAAAAGCAGAUGGAUUCCACAUGCCAAAUGAAGACCCACAGCAGGAAAAUAUUGACAAUAACCAUUACGACUACUCUCUCGUUGCCAGCGCACUGAAUCUCAAGACUGUUACAUAUUGUUUGCGACACAUACGAAUCAAACUGGAUGAAAAAGCGUGGUUUGAUGUGCAAAUGGCAGUGGAUUGCUUCCGCCAAAUGCUGGUUACAGUGGGUACCAUGGUCAAAUCAGACGUAGAAGAGCACCGAGAAGUAGCAGAGCACAUUCAGCAAAACGUGUACUAUGAGCAAUCAUUCCUGGAUCUGUUCCUUGAAUUAGUGAAAUGCUACAAAAAUCAGUCGUAUGGUUAUCUGAAGGCUGUUGUCAUGCUGACACAUGUGCUGCUAAAGUCACUGGGUCACUAUCAGAGGGGAAAGAAGAUGAUGUUUGUCCGCAAAAAGAAGAAUCAAAAGAAAAAGAAGCCAACCAAAAGAGGGGAGGCACCUGAAGAAGAAGAGGGCGUUGCAGUCAUUACAUCCAUUGCAUCAGAAGAUGAAACUGAGCCUGAAGUGGACAGGAGCAAGGAGCAAGAAUACAAAGACAUCCAGUUCAAAUUCUCAGCAUUCGAGCAACGAUAUGUUUCCUGGGAUGUGGUGCGCGCCUAUACAUCUCUAUUGGAAUUAUAUCAACACUUGACACCAGAAUACUUGGUUUGUAUAGCGGGUAUGUUUCAUAGACUGAUGGUCAAAAGAAAGGCAGAAUAUCUCUUUUGGAAGCUUCCAAUCCUGGAGUUGUUCAAUCGCAUACUGCAAGACGCCAGCAAGUUUUCUAAUUCACCAGCAUUUGCAGAGCUGGAGCAAUUCAUUCGGUAUUCAACCCGCCAAUUCUUCAAGGCAGCUGCUGAAUAUCCACUCCUGUAUGUAGAGGCACUGAACCCUAGCAUCAAGUCGAAUCGCACUUGGUGGGAAAUGCCCAGUGAAGAAGAGCAACUAGAGAAACAAAGAUACGAGCAAGACGUCAACUAUAUCCCGCCUGCCACUUGGGAGCGUGAGGGGCCUCAGCAGGCGGGGCAAGCACAAGUAGAUAAGGAAUUAGAUGAAAAUGGAUUGGAUGCUUCCACGGAAGACUAUUACUACUCGGCAUUUGACAGACGAGAUGAAAUAGAAGCUGGGGGCAGUGGCACUAUAAGUAGCAAUCCAGUAACAACACCAAAAGAUAAUACGAAUGAUAAGCCUACAAAAGAAUCGAGCACUAGCAUUAAUGAAGCCGAUAUAUUCAGUGACGAAGAAGAUCCACUUGAGGCUGCUUAUCGCAAAUAUAAGGCCGACUUGACUAAAGAAGCAGAUCAUGAGAUGACAGAGAAGCCUCAAAAAGACAGUAAUUUAUUAGACACAGAAACGACAGAAAAGCGUCAUGAAGACACUGUUUUAUUAGAUUCGGAAAUGACAGACAUUUAA